GGAAGAGCUGGCGAGACCCGCGAGCCCACGGUCGGGGAUCUGGGGAGGCGGCCGGCACCCCCGACUGUGGAGCCCCGGGCCUCCGCGCUCCCUUGGGAGCCUUUCACGAGGUCGGCCACGUCUUUAUUGUGCACCGUCUCUGAACUUCUGGUCUAUUAAACAACAAUUAGACACGCACUCAUUGAGUGCCCACUGUGUGCCAAGCGCUGUGCUAGGUCCUGGGGUGUGAUCUCCAUCAGAUACCUUCUGGGCCCGCCUAACUGUCCUGGCUACUGGCAUCUCAGGUACGUCUGCGUGCAUUCAUCAAGAAGUCCAUCAAUAUUUGUUGAAUACCAGAUAUACAUUUCUGAACAUAGACCCUAGCUAAGUGAACCUUUUUCUAGCCUCCAAGCUCAACAUGUAUGAAGCUUUGCCAGGCCCUGCUCUUGAAAAUGAAGAUGGCUCUGUAAAAGUGAAGGAGGAAGAUCCCACCUGGGAGCAGUUGUGCAAUGCACAGGAGGGCAGUUCCCACACUCAGGAGCUUUGCCGCUUGCGCUUUCGGCAAUUCUGCUACCAGGAGGCUUCUGGGCCCUGGGAAGCUCUGGCCCAACUCCGAGAAUUUUGCCAUCAAUGGCUAAGGCCAGAGAUGCACACCAAGGAGCAGAUCCUGGAGUUACUGGUGCUCGAGCAGUUCCUGACCAUCCUGCCCAAGGAGCUCCAGGCAUGUGUGCAGAUGUAUCCUCUGGAGAGCGGAGAGGAAGUAGUGACAGUGCUGGAGAAUCUAGAGACAGGACGUGGAGACACAGGACAGCAGGCCUCUGUCUACAUUCAGGGACAGAACAUACACCUAGAGGUGACAGAUUAUCAUGGAGUCUCUUUGGAAUGUCAGAACCUCCAGCUCCUGCCUGGUGAAAGUACCCUGAAGUGUGAACCUCCACAGCUUCACCAAGAGAACCCCCAAGAAGUGAGUGGGCCUGUUCCCCAGGUACUAGCCCAUCUCCAGGAAGAAAGACCCAGAGACAAGACAGCAGUGUCUGAAUUUAACCCAGCCAGGUCCCAGACAUCAGUGAAGACUGAGGAAGAAACAGCCCAGGCCCCUGCCCCACAGGAGUGGCCACAUCUGAGUCUGGCUCAGAGGAACCUCUGUGGGAACUCAGCUGAGGAGAAGGCUGCAAGCCUUGGUCUGAUGACUGAAGAAAUUGUAACUAAAGAUGGAUUGUUUAAUGCAAAGCAAGAAACUUCUGAAGAAAUGAAACAAGGUUGGGAGGCCUCAGGAAUACCCAACAGAGAUCAUGCACCCCAGAUCCCUUAUAUUCCUGUCCCUACUGAAAGGACAGUUGUACAUUUGAACACUCUGAAGGACCGUCACCCUGGUGACUUAUGGACCCGGACACACAUUUCAUCCUUGGAAUAUGCUGCAGGAGAUAUUACCCGAAAAGGGAGAAAAAAAGACAAAGCUCGAGUGAGUGAACUACUCCAAGGCCUCGCAUUUUCUGGUGACUCAGAUUUGGAGGAAGAUAAUGAGCCUGAGACCCAGCCUGCUCAAAAGAAGCUAAAAGUGUCAAGUGUCCCAGAAAAGAAUUGGACCAAAAGAGACAUUAAACCCAACUUUCCAAGCUGGUCAGCCCUGGAUUCUGGACUUUUGAAUCUCAAGAAUGAAAAGUUGAACCCAGUAGAGCUCUUUGAAUUAUUUUUUGAUGAUGAAACAUUCAACUUAAUUGUCGGUGAAACCAAUAAUUAUGCUUCUCAGAAAAAUGUCAGCUUGGAAGUCACAGUUCAGGAAAUGAGGUGUGUGUUUGGUGUUCUGCUUUUGAGUGGGUUUGUGAGGCGUCCCAGAAGGGGACUGUAUUGGGAAAUCCCUGAUGCUGAUCAGAACUUGGUUAGAGAUGCUAUUAGAAGGGACAGAUUUGAGUUGAUUUUCUCAUACCUGCACUUUGCAGAUAAUGGCCACCUAGAUCAAAAAGAUAAGUUUACAAAACUGAGGCCUCUCAUAAAGCAAAUGAAUAAAAAUUUCCUCUUGUAUGCUCCUCUAGAAGAAUACUAUUGCUUUGAUAAGUCAAUGUGUGAAUGCUUUGAUAGUGACCAAUUCCUGAAUGGAAAGCCUAUUAGAAUUGGCUAUAAAAUUUGGUGUGGCACAACCACACAGGGUUAUCUGGUUUGGUUUGAACCCUAUCAAGAAGAAUCAAGUAUGAAGGCAUAUGAAGAUCUUGGCCUUGGGUUAGGUGAAAAUCUAGUGAUGAACUUUGCUGAUGUUCUUUUAGAGAGAGGUCAAUAUCCCUAUCACCUGUGUUUUGAUAGCUUCUUUACAAGUGUCAAAUUAGUGUCAGCCUUGAAGAAGAAGGGAGUGAGGGCAACAGGAAUGAUUCGUGAAAACAGGACUGAAAAAUGCCCCCUUAUGAAUGGAGAACAUAUGAAAAAAAUGAAGAGGGGGUAUUUUGAUUUCCGAGUGGAAGAAAAUGAUGAGAUAAUUUUGUGUCGUUGGUAUGGUGAUGGCAUUAUCAGUCUGUGCUCCAAUGCUGUAGGCAUAGAACCAGUUAGUGAGAUAAGUUGUUUUGUUGAUGAUGAAGAGAUCCCUCAGAUAAGUCAACCAUCCAUAGUGAAAGUGUACAAUGAAAGCAAGGAAGGUGUAGCUAAAAUGGAUCAAAUUAUUUCCAAAUAUAGGGUGAGAAUAAGAAGCAAGAAAUGGUACUCAAUUUUGGUGAGCUACAUGAUUGAUGUAGCCAUGAACAAUGCAUGGCAACUACACAGAACCUGUAACCCAGGUGCCUCUCUAGACAUCUUGGAUUUUCGGAGAUGUGUUGCACAUUUCUACUUGCAACACAAUGCUAAUCUGUCAGAUUAAGGCAGAUAAAUGGACACAAUGCAGACAUUAAUAAGACAUAACAAAAUGAUAACUACACAUUAGAUUGUACCCUUCCAAAGCAAAUCUGAUGUAUGUAGUGAAAUUAACUAAUUAAGUAAUAUUUUAAAAAUCAGACAUUUAUAUAAAGUUUCAAAGACUUGUAACAAAUAAUGUUAAAAAUUAUCUGAGAAAAUGUUGAACUCCAGUGGUACCCUUUCUCUAUGUCUAAUUUUGUGUCAGACAUGUGGGGAAGCAUUUCUUUGUUGCAUUGA